AUGGCCAGGGGUACUUCGAGGUACUUCCACCGCCCGCCAGCUUCCGCUGUGGCUGCAAGUUUCUCCGAGGUUCCUCCCUAUCACGUGCCACAUCACGUGUCUCCGCCCCUGCUCUCGGGCGGAAAGCCGGCGGACUCCGCUGGGCGAGACGAGCAGAAGCGCAGGAAAAAGCAAAAGGCGAGAAAAAGAGCGCAAGGGAGGGCCAGGAAAGGCCAGGGAGGGGACGGUUUGCGGUUUGCGGUUUGCGGUUUGCGCGUGAGUGGCAGUGACGGCGACCACGGCGACCACGGCAGAGCGACGAGACGGGACGGGGGGGAAAGGGGGACAGACCAAGGACUCUCUCUGGCUUCUGCUAGCCGUGGUGCACAGCCGGGAUAUCCAACGCAUGCUGUUCCGGGCCUCAUCCCUCCCUCCUCCACCUCUGCCUACCUGGCUGCCUCGCCGGCCGCUAAACAGCCCAAGACGGCACACCCCCAACACCACCAGCACCAGCCCCAGCAUCAGCAUCAACACCUCCAGAUCAACUACCUCGCUCGACAGUACUCUGACACCCUCCCGCUCGUCUCCACAGACGACACCCUGCCUGCCAUCCUCCGCUGGAUAGGCGAGUAUGACGGCGUACUGCACCGCCACGAGUCCAUCGCCGGGAACCUGGGCGCCUGUCCGCUCGGCCCCAUCCUCGUCAAGCGGUUUGAGCGUCUCUUCGACGGGCCUCCGCGUGUCAUCAAGUCGGCCGCCAAUGGCACCGACGGCAAAGAGACCACCGUCUCCUGGCUUGACGUCGUCGAGUUCGCAAAGGAGUACCCGGAGAAGUUCACCCUGGAAAAGACUCGCACGGGAUCUCGGGUCUGCCAGCUAGAUAUCAAGCAUGCCAGAGUCGAGAUCUCCGAAGAGGACUACGUCCUCAUUGCUUCUGGGAUGCCACAGAAGAUGAUCCCGCCGCAGCCCAUCAGCGAGGACGAGGAGAAGGAGCUCGGUGCGCUGGAGAUCCUGGAGAAGAACCUCGUUUAUAUCAUCCAGCUAGCCGAUCAGGUAUCGGCUCGAGCUCGACAGCUCAACCACCGACUCAAAAACCGCCGUAACGCUAUCGUCUCCAGGCGCGAGAACGAUGCCUCUCUUGCCCAGGCGCAGUCGUCGCAAACCCGGGCCAUCAGUCCCUGGAAGGAUAGCGGCAACACUCCCAACGGACACGGACAGUCUCGCACCGCCUCGCCGCCGGGCUUCGUCGCCGUCAACUCCCGCCAGGAGCAGGCUCAGGCCUACCACGACGAGCCCGCGCAGUUCGCCUUCUCCCAGCCCAUAUCAGACAAUGUCACCAUCAUCAAUGGCACGUCCAUCAAGGGCGCGUCUCCAAGCACCCGCGCGGAGCUUAUGAAGAAGUUCUUCACCACCUCCGACAGACGGAUGCAUCAGCACCACCAGCAGAAACAGCCUGAUCACGCAGACUCUGCAUCAGAACACCAACAAGCUGCAUACUCUGGUCAGGGCAACUCGCCUAUUCCUCCCGUUCCUAUUCCAAACACGCCAUCUUCGUUGCUUCCGCACCCAAAGCCGACUCCUCCCCACGACCGCGACGAGACCGCACCCUUCAAGUCGGCCAUGGUUGCCCGGAUGGAGGAUUUGGCUAGAGGAGAGCGUAUCCUGCCUCCCUGUGACAGGUGCAGGAGGCUAAACAUGCACUGUUUGAAGAACCUGACUGCAUGUAUGGGCUGCACCAAGAAACAUGCCAAAUGCUCCUGGCGCGAUGUCAAGGCAGAAGAGCUUCAAAAGGAGCGGGCUACCAGUCAUGACACUAGCGCUGGCAGAGAGAACCACAGAGAUGCCAGUGAAGAUGCAUCAGUGUCUGUAUCUGCCGCUGCCCCUGAAGAUAGGGGUAAGCACAGUCCUGCCCGAGCUACCACUAAUGCUACUACUACUACCACCACUACUACUACAACAAUACCAACUGCUGCUGCUACCAAUGGAGCUAUCAGCAGUAGCAGAAACAACCAGAAACAUGAUAGAAAUGCUAGUAACAGACUCGAUGACGAUUCUAGUGAUGUUCUUGCACAAGCUAUCAUGGAUACCUUUGAUCAUCAUAGACAACGCACUGCUGAGAGAGAGAGAAGCCAGCAGCAGCAACAGCAGCAGCAACAACAACAACAACAGGAGCAACAGCAGCAGCAGAGAGAAAGAGAAAAAGAUAGAGACAGAGAGAAGAACCGGGAGAGAGGAAAUAGCCACGUUGUUGAGGCUCGAUAA